UUUACCAAGGUAAGUAAAUUUACAAAGUAAGGUGAAUUUACAAAGGUCUUGCAGAUGAAAAGCUUCCGCCAAAAAAACUCUUGCAGAUGAAGAGCUUCCGCCAACAAGUGAUUGUGAUUUCGGUAUUUCGACAACGAUAACAAAUUUCCAAAAACCUAAAUUGGCCUUUAAACAAGUGUAGAAAGAUUCGAAGUGCAGUGUUUCGGCUCGUGAUUCUACCUAACUAUAAGAUCCUCAACGACUGAGGAAUAUUGACAGUAAAUUUCUUAUUAUAAAGGCCACAUGGUCAAAUGGGAAAAUGUUCAUAAAGAGGAGAUUCUUACGGAAGCAAAAAUAUAGUUCAAUGAUCUUUUUCCAAAAAACACAUCAUGAUUUUCAGCUUAAAUCGCAAACCUAAUAAGUCCGCUCCACACUAUGACUACUUGGACAUACUUUAUGCUUCUUGAAAACGUCCUAUCUCAUUGCGUUGAAUACAGCCCCCGCUUCAAAUUAACGAUUAAAAUAAACUGUUAUAGUGACGUAUAUUGCAAACACGCGGGCGGAAAGUUAUUGAAAACUUAACGAUGUCAAACAUCUGCGUAGCUUGAAGUUUUUGAGCGUUAAUCUAAAUUAAAUCAGUCCCAUACCCAAAAUCAAUGCAGCAUUAUCUAUGAUUUUCCUCUUUUUCUAUUUCUUCGCGUAUUAUGCAAAUGAGCGUGACGGGCCUCAACGCAUGGACAGAAAGAGCUGUGAUAACGAGGCGCCAAUAAACCUUAUUAGAAUCAAUUCAAAUUGAUUAAAUUACGAUAGGACAUAUCCCAGCGGGAGAUUAGAAAAAAGGGUCGUGGAACGAGCAAUGCGUCAGAGCGAGUUUUGACAUUGAAAAUCUGAUAAAUCGACACCGCGAUCUGAUUGGUCGGUGACGAGUUAAGUGUGAUCACAAAUUUUGAUGGCCGAUCGAUGUAUAAACGCCCAUGUCAGAAGAAAUGGCUAACAUAAAACCACACGAGUCAACAACCAACAAGAAAGCCAACGACCUCUACAAAUAUGGAGCUUCAGGAUUAUUAUCAUCGUUUGAGUGCGAUGCAUUACCACAAUUUCACUAACUACAAAUCAAAUGAGUUUGGCCAUCAUUACAUCGAUAGCGUAAACUGUCCGCCAAGCAUACAAGCCAUUUAUCAAAAUGGCGUAUUUGGCUGCAGCCGGGCUAUUAAUCAUUCCACAGUUAGUAAUUUUGGCUCAAUUUCUUUUCCCGACGAUGUUGAAAUAGCGGUUGACUUGUCUAAGAUCCGCGUCACACGAACCAGACGCAGUCGAAUGCAGUAUAGCCCAUGGCAAGUUGAAGAGAUGGAGAAUGUCUUUCAGAAGACGCAUUAUCCUGAUGUUUUUGUAAGAGAAGCCUUGGCUCUUAGACUUGAUCUGGCUGAACCGCGUAUUCAGGUUUGGUUCCAAAACCGACGAGCAAGAUGGCGUCGUAAAGAAAACACGGUUGCACAACCAGGAAGGAGAAGUCUUUCGCAAAUGGAGAAGCCUUCAGAACUUAAAACUGCGAAACAAAACCAAGAAAAUAACGAAAUGCCACAAGCAAACAUUAAACACAGCAUAGCGAGCAUUCUCGCCAAACCAACGCGGAUCAUUCCAGUGCCAUGGACGGUUCCAAAACGAGGCAAAAGACGUCACAGUGAGAAAAAGAAAUCAAACAAGACUGUGGAUAGUUUGAGAACGCGUUUAGAUCAUGACAGAGAGAACGAUUGCGAUCCAGGAAUAGAAAUUGUCGCAAAAAUGUGACAAUGAAGUCUUAUUGUCAAUAUGGCGGCCACUUCUAUGAUGGUUAAAAUCGCUCAUUCGCUGGAGAUGUUUCGUACAAUUAUUCAAAAGCAAUCGAACGUACAAGAAGCCGUGGAAAACCUCUCAAUAUCAGUCGCUGUGAUAUGAGAAUUUCGAUCAAAAGAAAAAAUGUAGGACGGAAUGAUAAAAAUUUUACUUGAGCAAUAUUUGUUGAGCCGUCAGAGAUGUAUAUUCUUGCUUAUUGAUUUUUAUGUUGAAGGGUAUUUGCAGGUUGAAGAGCAUUUUUUCUUCCCUCCUCUUCAAUCUGCCAAUACUCUUUAAUCUGCAAACACUCUUUGACCUGCAAAUAGUAUAUCAAUGCAAGAGUCAACGCAUAUCUUGACGGCUCAAUCUUCUCAAAUAAUAAAACUAUUCAAAUUUUCAACACGAUUAUUCCAGAGGCAGACGUGGUGCAACUCUAAUGUCGUAGUAAAGUAAUGAUUACGUAAUGCAAUAUUUACAUACUAUUCGUUCACGUGUCGGAAGCCACGAACAGAUAAUAAAAGUUACGAGAACAAUGAUAAGAUUGUGACGCAGUAUACAUAACAUGCAUCAAUAGUUUUGGUAAUAAAGUAUUUUACGUUAAAUAUAGUGAGUUUAACAUUGAAUCUUGAAAAAACCCCAUACAUGCUAGAAUCAAUUAGACGCUAUAUGCUAUUUUUGUUUCUGGUUGAUUUUUCAAUAAACUCAAUGAAUAGAUCUUAAAGUGCCCAUAUCAGAGUCAGGAAAAUAACUUAUUUAGAUAGUUAAAUUUAUGUAAGAGCAUUUGCAGUAUUUUGUAAGAGACGAAAAUUUUAUCUUUAUGGACCUUUUA